GUCAGCUGUUUCGUGACGUAGUUCCGGGAGCUCCAUGCCAGUAAAGGUACGGUGAAGCCGCGGAGCUGGGGCAUGAAGCAGUUUCCGGGGCCUUCGGUUCCACUUGUAAACAUGGCGGAGGAGCUGCUGGAAGCGGUGGAGAGAUUGCAGUCCAGACUCUCCGAGAACCAAGAGCCUCGGAAGCUGCAGAAGACAUUGAAGAGGCUGGCAGAGCUACCCAUGACUGUGGACAUCCUGGUGGAAACUGGUGUUGGGAAAACUGUGAAUUCUCUCCGGAAAAAUGACUUAGUGGGAGAGUUUGCUAAGGGCUUAGUGGCUAAAUGGAAGAAACUUGUGCCCCAGCCUGCUGAUCGGCCUACUCCCACUAAAGAUGUCCGCUCACACUCACAAGCAUUAGACCUUAAAAGAGGCCAUAAACGAGCACGCGAACCUUCUCCCGAAGACAUGCGCCACGCAGAGGAGGAGGAGGAGGAGGAUGAGGAGGAGGUGGAAGACGAGGAAAAGGAGGAAGAAUACGAGCACCAUGAGCAAGAAGAAGAGGAGGAAGAGGAGGAACAUGAACAUGAACACGAACAUGAACACGAACAUGAACAUGAACACGAACAUGAACAUGAACACGAACACGUCAGCCGGUACCAACACAAUUACUCCCCCUCUCCUCCGCAAGCAUACAGCCCCACAGCGCCCGGUCUCGCUGGCGAACGCCUGCCACAGUACCAGCCGGCCUACGACAGUCCUCAGGAAGAGUCUGCGCCCAGUCCCCCACGGAAAGAGCCCCGCCACAGCAAGCCCCACCGAGACCCAGCCAGAGAAUAUAAAGACCGCCCGAGAGAACGUCACAGCACCCCCGGUGGCCUGGAGCAGGAGCGGCGGAAACAACCUCCUCAAUCGGCGGCGAGUAUUGGGGGUGUUGAAGGGAAGAAGAGCAGCAACCGGGAACCGAGUAGCAGCAGCAGCGGCAGCACACAUCGACAAGACAAACACAAAAAUACACACGCACCGCACGACAGGAAACACACACCACAUGACAGCAGGAAGGAGAAGAAGGGAGGAAGCGAUGGGAGGGCUCACGUGAAGCGAGAGGAGGUGGAGCCUCAGGAGGAGGACAGGGACGAUUUUGAGACCCCAACCAUGUCCUUCGAGUCCUUCUUGACGUACGAUGCGCCCACCCCAACCAAGAAGAAGAAGAAGCCGCAGCAGCUUAAGCCUUCCCCGAGACCUGCUGCUCCUCCACCCCCAGCGCACCCCUCCAAACCCAGCACCACCAACGGCUCCCGCAGCAGCAAGCGCUCCGAACGUGCUCCGAGCCCCACCUCCACCCCCAUCGCCCCCACACCUGAGAAACGCAGAAAGGUGGUGGACGUGAUGCCCACCCUGCCUGACAUUCCUCUGCCAGCCAUCCAGCCCAACUACCGGCCCCUCCCCUCUAUAGAACACCACACGCCCGUGUCCCCGCAGAGACGUAAAGUUCCUGUGUCGAAUGAAGAGGAGGAUUCCGGCUUCACAGGCCGACGGUUUAACUCUAAAAUGACGGUGUACUCCGGCUCCAAGACGGCCUACCUACCCAAGAUGAUGUCCCUAUAUGAGCAGUGCAUCAGAGUCCUCCAGAACAACAUUGACUCAAUCGAUGAGGUUGGGGGCGUACCAUUUGAGAUUCUGGAGCCAGUUCUGGAACGCUGCACCCCAGAACAGCUGUACCGCAUUGAGGAGUGCAAUCAGCACUUUUUGGAGGACACAGAUGAGCUGUGGAUGAAGCACUGCCAGCGUGACUUCAAGCGGGAGACUCCGCAGGAGUAUGAGUCAUGGCGGGAGCUGUACCUGCGCAAGCACGACGAACGGGAUGAGCGCCUGCACAGGCUCACGGUGAACAUCAAGUCGGCCCACGCCAACAAGCCUAAAGGUCGUCAGGUGAAGAUGGCGUACGUGAACUCGGUUGCCAAGCCUCCGCGUGAUGUGCGUCGCCGCCAGGAGAAGUUUGGCACCAACAGCGGAACCUCCAGCUCCAGCGCCAGCUCUGGACUACCUGCAGUCCGGAUCAAGCCGGCGAUGGCCUACAGCUCCCAGUCGGAUGACGGGGCCCACUCCUCAUACAGCAGCCCCCCCGAGCCAUCCCGCCCCUCUGUAUCUGGGGGAGGGCACAGCGCGCGUGACAAACCACAGGUCAAAAAAAUUGCUCCAAUGAUGGCCAAAACAAUCAAAGCAUUCAAGAACCGUUUCUCUAGGCGAUAAAGAGAGAGAGAGAGAGUGAGAGAGCGAGAGAGAGAGACUGACUGCAGUGAAAGACUGUAGUUUUGUUUUUUUUAAAAGAGGAAACACACCAUAGGAUUUCUUAAAUGUGUCUGUUCAAAUCCCUACCCUGCCUAAUCCUACAAUGUCUUUAUGGUUAUACAUGUUCUGGACCGACCACUGGACCCCUUCAGUCACACCAGAACACGCACACACACCAAAUUCAUCCUGGCGUGUGGUCCUAUCUAUUCUUCACUCAAAGGCUGGCACUACAAAUGGGCUGAGAUACCAGGCUAUGAACUUUUACGGCAUUCAUAUUUUUAAAACACAUAGCAUUUGGUAGGAUAUCAAAUAACCCAUGGAUUUGAAUUUUGUUCUUUCGGUGAGAUCACACAUACACGUAUACCUGUUACAUCCCCCUGUUUUCACACUGUGUGCAGGUCUGAGUGUAACAUUCACACUGGGGUUUUACUUGAUGUAUCGUAAAGAAUGUGUUCGUGGAGCGCUGGGCUACACACCACCACUGAGAGCGAGAAUGGGAAAAGUGAGAAUUUUCAUAGGAACCCUGCAACUUAAUGCAACUAUUUAUUUAAACCAUCGGGGCCAGACUCCUCAGAGCCUGCCAAACACAAGUGGAUCAAAAAUAUUAAUUUUAAUAGAUUUUAAUAAAUGUAAUAUGAACAUUUUUAAUAAAAUUGACUUUUGCCCUCA